AUGUCCUUCUUUUACAGUCUCUAUUUGGUUUCUUUCUUUUUUAUUUUUUAUACUCCGCGUGUAACAGGACAGUGCUCCUCCCGCACCUCCCUGAUCCAAGAGGCUACAUGUAACUACAACUAUACACUACGGAACCUUUCUAUCUAUCCUAACCAGGUUAUAAACGAGACCACAGAGAUAUCUGAAGUAGUUACACUAGUAAACGCACUGGAUAGUUCUCUAAGGUCUUGUUCCUCGAAUGCUGAUAGGUCCGGGUUUAUUUGCGCAGCAUUUUUCCCUAGCUGCGACUCUGGUUAUGGACCUUGCUCCAGCUUUUGUAAGAAAAUAAGACAAGACUGCUCAAACACUCUUCCAUUCUUGCCGAGUACUGUAAGUUGGAUAUUUAACUGCACAAGAUAUGAGCCAAAUAGCCCUUGCAUACAACCCAUCAGCAUUGAGCCAACCAGUAGCUCCAGUAGUACAUCAUCUAUUGUAGUCAUAUCAACACCACUUCCUUCUCAAACUCCUUCCACUACCCCAAGCACCAAUGAGAGCUCCGUGGGUUGUCCCCCUCCUUCUUCUUCCUACUACACCGACGGUAUGAAAUCAUUCACUAAAGGAUGGAUAGCAACAUGGUCAACUUUAUGUUUUCUGUCAACAUCGCUUACUCUACUAACAUUUGUCAUUAAACCCUCUCGUUUUGAGUAUCCAUGGCGGCCAAUAAUUUUCUUAGCUCUCUGCUUCAACAUCCACUCUCUUGGCUAUUUCUUUUCUCUUGCUCUAGGCCGAGGGAUAAUAACUUGUCCUGGUAAUAAUUACAUCUCCUCAUCUUCAAAAUGGAGCUGGAGUCACAUCCCAUGCCUGCUCAAUUUUGGGCUACUCUACUAUUCGAUGGUCUCUGCUUUCUUGUGGUGGCUGGCGCUCACUCUCUCCUGGUUUCUCUCUGCCGUGUUUAAAUGGAGUAACGAGUCUGUUGGCCGCUUGGCUCCUUUCUUUCAUGUAACCGCUUGGGUUGUCCCCCUCCUGAUGAUGAUCAGUCUUGUAGCUGCUCAGGUUAUAUCCGCUGAUGAGCUAACCGGCACUUGUUUCAUAGUCCGUGAUGAUUCAAACGCGACUCUCUUUGGCUUACUAAUAGGAGUCAUAAUACCGCUACUUCUCUUCCUAUCCAUUGGUCUACUAUUUCUCAUUAUAGGACUCAUUAGUGUUUUUAGGAUACGUCGAUUCCUACACAACAAAGGAAGACAAAAGGAAAGCAUUGUCUUGGAGAAGCUCAUGUUUCGUAUCGGUAUAUUUGUUGCCGUCUAUGUACUGCCAGCGGGAGCUGUCAUAUCUUGUUAUAUUUACGAAUUAGCUAAAGUCCCAGACUGGGUGACUUUGAAUGAAGCAGAGUCCUGUUCCGAUGGAGGCUGUCAGAAAGCUAGUCCUAUUGUAUUUAUCAUUAGGAUUUUCAUGUUUUUAAUGAUUGGGAUACUCACAGGAGUCUGGAUAUGGUCAAAGAAAACAUUGGAUUCUUGGCGUUCCCUUGGUAACAGUUGCUGUAGCAACGGUUCCUCUGGUAAAAAUGAUCAAGAGCCAACCAUGACAAAACAUGUGAGGUCAUUUUCAACUGUUAACUCUUAA